AUGGCCUCCAAUACUUCUGCAUCCGUUGAAGCUCGGUCCCAGGUCUUCCAAACUGUCUUCGAAGACAUCUGCCGAGAAGCCCAAGGCUCGGUUCUACCUGACAUCGUCGCGCCUUGGGCGGAUGAUGACAGUGUUUCCACUGACUCUUGCCUCCUUGGCCCCUCUGUGGAAGGGGGAAUGCCAGAGAGGCUGGCUGUUCAUUUGAAGGACAAUUUGGUGGAUCUUUCUGCUUUUGAUCAGGGAGACUACCAAGACUGGAAUGUCAUACGGCCGCAGCAGCAAUGGCCGACCUCGACCCCGGACUGGGAAAAGUGGCUGCCGAGGAUGGAGCACUUCUUCGGCCAGCAAUGGAAGGCUCAGGGGAUCUACCACCUGAUCAAGCUUUUUGACCGGUCGAUCGUCAUGGAUCGGUCGCUGUUGGCCGCGGCACUCAAUUUCUGGUCCUCGGCCACAAAUACAAUGAAUCUACGGUUCGGCAUGAUGACACCGACCGUGCUUGACACGGCCGUUCCAUUCGGCCUUUCUCCUCUUGGCGUGGAGGUGAAUGCUGUGCUGGUUGCUCCUGAGGUCGUAGGGAGUUUCAAAGCCGCGUGGCCCACGCUCACGAGAUUGGUCGGGAGCAAGGCGAAGAAUAUGCUUAACUACUCUAGCUUCUACAAUAACUUCGGUGUAGAGGACAGCGCCGAAGACGACGCCAUCGCCCCCCCUCCCCCCGGCGAAGUUGAGCACGCUGCAUUCUUGCUGUAUUGGUUGUGCAAGUUUGUGUUCUGCACCCAGGCGAACAAGGUUACCCUGGAGUUCACCCAUCUGGCCGACUAUCUUGCGCAGGGUGGGAGGCUAGCGCUCGGCCCAUUUCUCCUCGGCCAUAUCUACCGCAUGCUUCACGACGUCGUCACGGAUGGGAUGAAGCCGAAACACGGUGGCCCACUCUGGGCUUUCCAGUUUUGGCUCCAGGCCUUCUUCCCAAAACUGAGGGGUGCAACCACGGUCGCAGACACCAAGCCGUUGGCCAGGGCCCCCAGGAAACACAACACAAUGGCCUUCUGUUUCAAGUUUUUCUAUGAGUUGACUGAGAGGACCGGGUCACAGUUCUGGGUGUGCCUUGCUCGGCCGUAUCCUUUGUUCCUGGCGCACGACUUCUCCGUGAUUCCUGACAGUGAAACGGAGAACGAUUUGAGGGAGAUCUGGGGCUCUUUCCUGGUCGUGCGCGACCUUCAAUGUGACCUAUCCAAGGCCGGGGCCGAAGUUUAUUUGCCGCAUUGCGUGGCGCGGCAAUUCGGUCUGAUUCAGACAGUCCCACUCUUCCCUCUGUCAACGAACCGGCUCUCGUCUUGGAAGGCCGAUGUCUCCGAGAGCCAUGGCGUGGCUUGGAUCUCCUUCCAGCUUCAGAAAGGGAUGACCUUUCUUACCCUGAGGCCGUGGAAGCAUCGCAAUGUGUUCGACGAAGAUGGAAGGGUCUGGUAUGAGGACUUCAUCUCGGCUAGUGGGGUAAAGGGAAGAAGGCCUCAGCCACGCUUUCUUGGCCGAGUGCCCCGGCUGUGGUCGUGUCCAGAGUGA